AUGUUGUUAAAACUAUAUAUGGAAAAGCGAAACAUAUUGUUGAGUGUUCAAUUAAUUAUUGUUAAACAAGAGCGUAAAACAAUAUCUCAAGAUCUUAAAAUUCGUCUUUUUAGUAAACUUGAUAAUUCUCAAAGGCGCAAUAAAAUACUUUGUCUAUCUCAAUGUAUUUUGGAUAUUGUUAAAGAAGAAAAAGGGAAUACAUUAUAUCCAACUGAUCAAAUAAAACUUAAGCAAAUAAAAUUUGAAACAUGUGAUGAUUUAUAUAAUAUAUUGUUUGAAAAGUUAGAUAAAAUAAAAACCACAAUAAGGAUUGAAGGAGUAGUUAAAUCUUUGGAUAAAAAUCAUAUUUCAAGAAAAGCUUAUCAAUCUUUAGAACAAAUUGAACAAGAUAUUUCAUGUGAAAAAGCAGUAUCUAGAGUUCUGAACAG